AUGAGUACGCGGGAGCUGAACAGGAAACGGGCGAAAAGACCGAAAGUAAAGACAGGCUGCCAGACCUGUAAGAUACGUCGUGUCAAGUGUGAUGAGACUAGACCUGAGUGUCUUCGAUGCCAGAAGUUCGGACGAGGCUAUUGCGAUGGCUACGAAAGUGCGAAGCCAGAAGCCCCUGAAAGGAAAGCGAUCCUACCAAAGGCCGUCUCGAUCAUCCACAAGCCAUCACCGAAAAGAGAUCCCGUCAUUCAAGUGUUCAAGAAUCAAGACGAGUUCUCUUGCUUUCGACUGUACUGCGAAGAAGUUGCACCGCAGCUUUCUUACUCUAAUCGCUCAGUCUGGCAUCAACUCCUUCUCCAGGCAGGUCAGCACCAACCUUUCAUUCGGCAUGCUAUCAUAGCCAUUGGUGCCUUGAACAGGUCCAUGAGACCUUUGGAAGACCUCAGAACAAGCCCAGCACCUGCGACGAGAAAACCAAAAAGUCCACCGGUCGCCUCAGAUGGUCUAAUCACGACAGGAAUGGAUGCUUUCGCUCUCGAGCAUUACGGCAAGUUUCUUCAAGGGGCGAAGUCGAACAUAACUGUGACGAAAGUUCAGGGAAGGAGGAUGGCGAUGAUAGCUUGUCUGCUUGUUGUUUGCAUCGAGAAUAUGCAGUUUCAUUACGAAAAUGCGUUGAGUCAUGCGCAUAAAGGGCUUCUCCUCCUCGACGAGUUGAGAGACAGUACACCCGGAACCCGAGAACCAGAUGGAUUGUCCUCUCCAGUUCCGGACGCUGUCGAGGAUGAGUUGGUGCAGCAAUUCAAUCGGAUGGAACUACAAGUCAUGGCAAUGUACGAUGCUCGCUCGGGACACGAGCAUCGAAAGCUUAAGCAAGAAGGCUACCUGUCUGUCAAAGACAUGCCACAGCGGUUCACGAGCCUUGAACAGGCACGGCUAUACCUUGAUCUCAUCAUGAGACGGACAUUUCACUUCAUGGCUUCAGCGCUGGCUGAUGAUCAGUCGGCCUACCUUCGAUUCGGAGACUACACUCCUGAUUCGACGUCUGAUAAGGGCUCACCGAGUCCUAACCCACCGAUAGACAUAUCAUCAUGGCUACGGAAUGCUCCUGAUGAGCUCUCAGUCGAGCAAGAGAUAUACGCGGCAGAAAAUCGUCGCUGGGCACAAGCCUACGAGCCUAUCUUCCGCGCCGCUUCACAGAACCUGGAUCGCAUCGAAUCAGUCUACGCUCUGUUGCUAAAACUCCAGUCUCUGGCGAUCACGGUGCGUUGUGCGGGUCAUCUGUCCAAGACGGAACUCGUGUACGACGACUUCAUGCCAGAAUUCAAGCAGAUUGUCAGCUUAUCGAAGACUUUGCUCACGCACCCGCACGCCGAUAAGUUCUUCUCGGAAGGGAAGUUCUGCUUCGAUAUGGGACUCAUCUACCCGUUAAUGACGCCUGCGAUGAGCUGUCGGGAUCGAAUACUGAGAAGAGAAGCUAUCUCCUUGCUUGGGAUCCGGCCGUGGAGAGAAGCGCAAUGGAGCUCUGAACCUUCGGUGGAUGUCGCGACUUUCUUAAUGGAUAUUGAAGAGGAGGGGAUCGAGGCGGAAUACAUCCCUGAGUGGGCGAGAGCGAGGCUUAGUGGCGUGGACGCGGAUAUGGAGGCGAAGAGCUUGAGGUUGCAAUGCAUCCGUGGUGUUGGUAAGCAUGCUGUUCAUAAGGAGCAGACGAGGCAUUAUGAUGCUUUUCAAUGA